UUCUGAGAUCUUGAACACGAAGAAGAUGUCAGUUUUGAGUUUUGCGCUGUGUUUGUUUGUUGUUGUCUGGAUACAGCCACAUGAUACAUCGGCAUGGUUUUCAAGAGGUGCGUGCGGCCACAGGACAUACAACCCAGCGUUCACAUGUGCUGUCAGGGAAACGUAGUGUCCAAAGGUGGAAUAAGACUCGCGUGUUGUGGAGACCAAUAUUAUGAUGCCGCGAUCCGCAUGUGCUGUGCAGGGAACGUAGUGUCCAAAGGUGGAAUAAGACCCGCGUGUUGUGGAGACCAAUAUUAUGAUGCCGCGAUCAGCAUGUGCUGUGCAGGGAACGUAGUGUCCAAAAGUGGAAUAAGACCCGCAUGUUGUGGAGACCAAUAUUACGAUGCCGCCUUCAGGCAGUGUUGCAAUGGUCGUAUUUGCUAAGAUGACAUGUUCUGAAGAAAUGUGUUGUAUGGUGCUAAAACAAACCUCUUGUUUUACUGGAGACAUGAUACUGUUAAUAAAUAUACAGGGCAGGGGCGGCGAAGACGGCAAGGCCGGUACAGCCAUGUGUGUGUGUGUGUGGUGUGUGUGUGUGUGUGUGUGUGUGUGUGUUAUAUUUGUUAUAUUUGUUACAAUGUCCUUACAAGUAAUUUGAAAGGCGAGUCUGGCAACCACUAGCCGUACCACUAUUUUUUACACUAUGCCGCCCCUGGGGUGACGAGUUGAACGCAACAGAAGACUUAACGUUUUUGAUGAUUUUAAAAAAAUCAUUUUUAGUCACAAAGUUUAUAAUCCAUGUUUUAUCAAAACCGAAGUUAUGAUGCUUCAUUCAGGCAGUGUUGCAAUAGUCGUAUUUGCUAAGAUGACAUGUUCUGAAUAAAUGUGUUGUAUGGUGCUAAAAAAAACCUCUUGUUUUACCGGAGACAUGAUACUGUUAACAAAUAUACAGGGUGACGAGUUUUGUUGCCAAAUUACUAGUUCCAUAUUAUAUCAGAUUGUUUUUCGUUAAUAUUCUAACAAAUAAUAAAAACCUAUAUUUUUAUAUUGAUGGUGAUAUUGUUAUUGUUUUUACAGUUGAAGGAGA